ACUACCCUUCAAAGGACAAACAACAAACCAGAAUCCAUUUCAUCCAACUCGAUACGAAUCCCCAUAGCAGGUUGCAUUCGCCUGCCCCCGUCCUAUUCCGUCCCAGACCGAAGCCGAGCACCGUCUUCCACCAUGGCGCCCGAUACAGCAACCGACAACACACCCGCACAGCACCCCAAAGACCACCCGCAAGACUUCCCUAGCUCCGAUGCCCUAAAAGAAGCCGCCUCUCAUGCCGAAAAGGCUAUAGCAGCUCAAGGCAUGGCCAACAAGCUGCGCGAAGCCGCCUCUUCCUUCACCGACCCCAAGAAGCGGGAACAAAUGCUGAAAGAUGCGUACAACAAGGAACUCGAGGCCCACGGUAGCAGCAAAAAGGCACGCAUGCUGCAGAGUGGUGCGUUUCAGGGAAGCGUCGGUGGCGCUGGCAUAGGAGGAGCGGUGUCCGCAGGGGUCGGCACAGUCGUCGGAACCGUCGUCGGGACUGUCACAGCAAUUCCGGUAACGGGAUUGGGGGCAUUGGUUGGGGCCGGCGCGGGGGCUAUACAUGGGCCGUGGAUUAAGUUGGGGUCUUUAGGCGGAGGUGGCAAAGAUGGGAAAGAUGGUGGGGGCGAGGAGAAGGGCGAUGGCAAACAGGAAGAGGUCAACCCUGAGGACGAAGAUGCUGUACCGAACCCAGAGGCACUACGUAAAGCUGCUGAUAUGCUAGCAGAGGAGAGGAAGAAGCAGGGCCUGCCACCGGAUGGAGAGAACAAAGAUGGCGAAAGUGAAGAGAAGAAGCAGGAGAAGAAGAAACCACGCAAGAUCGAGAUACGAUCGCAAAAGGAGAGUGAGCAAUGA